AUGGCGAUACGAGGCCCCAGGCCUCCAUGGAACUACCUCCUAGCAGCCUGCGUCGCCAUAAUCCUGCUAUUCGUCCUCGUGAGAAACCACGACACCGUCGGCAAGCAAUUUCGGCAACAUCAAGAUUGGAGCCUCAUCCCUCCACUACAGAAAACAACUGCCAAGAAUGCCUACGCUACUUUCCUCGCCAACUGGCCCGAGGAACACCUCGACGACGAGAUGAACGACGACGCAUACUUUGUCGCCGCGAGACUCCUGGCGUACCAACUCCUCCACGCGCCCGAGACGCGAUCGGUCGGCGGAUACCCCCUCGUGGUCCUCGUCAACGCGCACGUGUCCGCGGAAAAGAGAGAGCGUCUUGCGAAAGACGGUGCCGUCGUCUGGGAGCCCGAGCCGGUCGAUGGGAAAUGGUGAGAAAAGCAUCCAUUCCACACAAACAAAAAUCUUCAUUCGCCAGCUAAGAAAUUUCAUGUUGCUCGCUCGCCCAGGAUCCACAACGCUCACGUCGGCACCUGGGAAUACGUAAUGACCAAACUCCGCAUCUGGGAACUCACGCAAUUCGACAAAAUCUGCUUCCUCGACGCCGAUACCAUCCUCUUCCAACCCCUCGACGGCGUCUUCGACGACCCGGCCGCGCAAUUCCAGACCCCUACCGUGGGAAACGACACUCUCCUCCCUCCCUCGUACAUCAUGGCCGGCACACCCGAGCUGAAAUCCCCCCACCACCACUGGCCGCCCCUCCCCAACGAAACACACGCGCACUACAUGAACGCAGGCUUCUUCGUCACGCAGCCCUCCCUCCAACUCCUGCAGCACUACCUCAGCUUCACGGCCACCCCGCACGUCUUCUCCCCGGACAUGCCGGAGCAAAACCUCCUCAACCACGUUCAUGGCCAAGAAGGACGCAUGCCCUGGAAGGCGCUCGACGCGCGUUGGAAUACGCAUAGUGCUUCUGUCGCGGAUUGGAGGGGUGGGGUGGUGAGUAUGCAUACGCAUUAUUGGGAUGGGAUGAUGACGAUGACGGAGGAUGGGGAUGGGGAGGAUGGGGAUGGUGGUGGGUGGGAGAUGAAGAGGGUCUUUUGGAGUUGGAGAGGGAGGAUGGAGGGGUUUUGGGAGGGGAUGGAGGGGACGGGGGGAUGGAGGUGA